CUCUCCCUCUAGCUAUAUAUAUUUAACAUCUCUGUCACUAGCUCUAGCCGUGGAGAAAAAAUGGGCAACUGUUUAGUUCUCUCCAAGGAGGACAAAGUUUUGAGGGUUUUGAAGACAGACGGGAAGGUUUUAGAAUUCAGAGCACCAACCCUAGUUAAGGACAUUUUAUCAAACUUUUCGGGCGUCGGUAUCGGUUUAUCAAAGCAAGCUUCGGAGCAGCUUUCCCCUGAUUGCAAACUGAAGCUUGGGAAGGUUUACUAUAUGACUCCCCUUCCGGGUUCUGCAGAAAAUGACAGUGCUGCUACAAGAAGGAUUAAGAUGGUCAUAACAAAGCAACAGCUUCAAGAGCUACUGACAAAGAAAAUAUCAGUACAGGAGGUACUUUCAGAUUCAAAAAUUUGGAAACCGAAGCUCAGAUCCAUCCCCGAAGAAAUCGAGUAAAGUAACUAUGGUUACGUUCCGGCGUAUAAUCUUCAUGUUCAUGAUCUAUGGCUGAUCAUAUACACCUUUGAGUCAAACGUUCUUAGCUUUUCAUUAAUUUAGUCUUUCUUGUAAAACACGUAAUGAAUGAAUGGCCAUUAAUAUUUUCUAGUCAUGCAGCACGAUCUUUUGUGGACUUGUUAGGUUGGAUCUUAGUAAGCACUCGGCGAGACACAAAAUCUAUGGUUAACAAUUAA